ACACAUAUCUACUGCCCAUAACAAGCGAAUAACCGAAUUGAACACGUCUUAUACACUUUCGAGAAUUAUACACGACAGCUUUGGACUUCUGCGAAUCCGUCUUGUUCCGCGCCUUUUAUGCGUUUAUAGCAAAUCCAGUUCUGGCAUGAUUCAGGCGGCCGCCUCCCGACCCUGAUCAUUUCCAAGCGACCACCUAUCCCACCGCCUGUUAAUCGACCUUGAUAUACACCGAAUCACGGUUAUGAGCAUGGUCUUCACCCGCUCAACGGAUCCCAUUAAAUCAUUAUUGUGUCUGUGAAGCAGAUCGGUCUCUCUUCUCAGCACGAUUUCCGACCGUUCGUGGUACCAAAUGGCCGGCCCUAUUGGAAUGGGGGCAGUCCUCCGAUCUUGUGUAAAUGCCUUCGUUCUAUUGCUUGUUUUCGGAUCGCCCGCAAUAGCUCAGUUCUGCUCAUUUUGGAGUGGUAGCUGUCUUGAUGCCCUGGCUCAGACUGCCGUCUCCUUCAACUUCCCGCCUCUGUUUGAGGAGAGCCUCAACCUCUACUAUGGAUUUGAUGCCAACUCUCGAGGAAAAGGCCAGGAACCUAUGACUAAAGUCAGCUUCUGGCUUGGAUACAGUGCUCAUCUCAAUAACUCUGUUAUCAACUCCAACCGCACCUCCGAGAUUGCCUUGCGGGUGGGAAAUCUUACCGGAACGCCGUCAGGUUCCAACAAUGGCUGCGAUGGCGUGUGGGGCGCACAGUGCUCGUACGACUUGAUCACUAUGUUGAAGCAGGCCUUGUUUGGACUCACUACCAGUGGAAGCUACUACGAUGACCCUCUGGAUACGGUGUUGAGUGAGAUGCUCAUCAACCAGCCCGUACUCUCCAAUUGCCCUCCACCUCUAUUCGACGUCGCUGCCAUUCCCUCUAUUUCUUUUGCUCAAGAAACCGAUAUCACACGAGUUGCAACCCUCCAAACGUCCGGGUCUAGCAGUGAACCGUGGAAGACUUGGUUCAUUGAUAACAUGACUGCCAAUGACCAAGCAGCUCAAGUUGCAGUUGCCAUUAUUAGCAGAGCUCCAUCCUACAACGGCCAUCCCCCCAAAUAUGUGGAUGAUAUACAAUUAGAGCUCGUUUGCACUCAGGCCCCGUCAUCGGGCAGUUCGUCGUCAAGUCAAGGUUCCUGACCUAUGAUUCACCCCGCCUUUCUGGCAAAUAAGCCGACAAGAAUGAACGCAAGGAAUAUGCCCGUCACAAUUUUGGAGAUCACCCACCAACUAUUCUAUUACACCAGAAAUAUCUCACAUUGACUGAGAUUUCUCGGCACGAGCUGUGCCUGACCUGGGUUGGUUUCGACGAACAGCAGGGUGCCCACCCUUACCGGACAUUAUAUGACACAGCUCUGUGAUGCACUUCGACAGGAAGAAACGAGGCACCCGAAGAUUGGUGACAUGAUACUGCGACAGACGUGAAUAAUCCCGUCAGUCAUUGAGAGGUCAGCUGCUGUGAUAUAUGCCGCUGCGAAGACAUCUGAGGG